UGUUCAGUGACAUGGACGUGGCGAUGCGCAAGCACCAGGAGGCGACCGUGCUCGUCAACUUCGCCUCGCUGCGGUCCGCCUACGACAGCACUAUGCAGGCGAUGCAGCAUCCGCAGAUCAACACAAUAGUCAUCAUAGCGGAGGGCAUCCCGGAGAACAUGACGCGGAAGAUCAUCAAACUGGCCGACACUAGAGGGGUGAACAUAAUCGGUCCGGCGACGGUAGGCGGCAUCAAACCGGGCUGCUUUAAGAUCGGCAACACGGCGGGCAUGAUCGACAACAUCGUCGACAGCAAGCUGUACCGGCCCGGCAGCGUGGCGUACGUGUCCCGCUCGGGCGGCAUGAGCAACGAGCUGAACAACGUGCUGUCCAAGGAAGCGGACGGCGUCUGCGAGGGGGUCGCCAUCGGAGGGGACCGCUACCCGGGGACCACCUUCGUCGACCACCUGCUGAGAUACGAGGCAGAUCCGAACGUCAAGAUGGUGGUGCUGCUGGGUGAAGUGGGGGGAGUGGAGGAGUACCACGUGUGCAAGAUGAUGAGGGACAAGAAGCUCACCAAGCCGCUGGUGGCGUGGUGCAUCGGCACUUGCUCCGACAUGUUCACGUCGGAGGUGCAGUUCGGCCAUGCGGGCUCGCUGGCGGGCUCCGCGCUGGAGAAGGCGGCCGCCAAGAACGCGGCGCUGGCGGCGCACGGCGCGGCGGUGCCCGACUCCUUCGACACGCUGGGCGGCGCGGUCAACAAGGUGUACAAAAAAUUGGUCUCCGAAGGCAAAAUCAUAGUUAAGGAGGAGACCGACCCACCGAAGGUACCCAUGGACUACGACUGGGCUAGGAAGCUGGGUAUAAUCCGCAAGCCGGCCGCCUUCAUCAGCACGAUCUGCGACGAGCGCGGCCAGGAGCUGAGCUACUGCGGCGUGCCCAUCAGCGCCGUGCUGGAGCGGCAGCUGGGCGUGGGCGGCACCGUCAGCCUCUUGUGGUUCCAGCGCGAGCUGCCGGACUGGGCGUGCAAGUUCUUCGAGCUGGUGCUCAUAGUGACGGCCGACCACGGGCCGGCGGUGUCGGGCGCGCACAACACCAUGGUCACCGCGCGCGCCGGCAAGGACCUCAUCUCCUCCGUCGUCAGCGGCCUGCUCACCAUCGGCGAUCGUUUCGGCGGAGCGUUGGACCGCGCCGCGUUGGACUUCUGCGCGGCGUACGACCGCGGCCAGCACCCACAGGAGUUCGUCAACGAGAAGCGCGCCAAGGGAGAGCUCAUCAUGGGCAUCGGCCACAGGGUGAAGUCGAUCAACAACCCCGACUCGCGCGUGCGCGAGCUGAAGGCGUACGUGACGUCACGCUGGCCCGCGUGGCCGGUGACGCGCUACGCGCUGGACGUGGAGGCGAUCACCACGCGCAAGAAGCCCAACCUGAUCCUCAACGUGGACGGCAUCGUGGCCGCCGCCAUGGUGGACCUGUUCCGACACUGCCAGCUGUUCACGCAAGAGGAAGGCAACAACUACAUCGCGAUGGGCUCCAUCAACGCGCUGUUCGUGCUCGGCCGCACCAUCGGCCUGGUGGGCCACUACCUGGACCAGAAGCGUCUCAAGCAGCCGCUGUACCGCCAUCCGUGGGACGACAUCACCUACAUGUCGCCACUCAACUAGACACAACGUAAUGCAAUGCUACUUCGAUAGAUGGCGCUGUCACUGUUUCAUAGAUGACGUUGGUACAAUCUCUUCCACUGUUUCAUAGAUGGCGCUACUGCAAAUAUCUUGCAGUGUUACAUCGAUAGAUGGCCCUGAUACAAUGUCGUACUGUUUCACAGAUGGUGCUGAUACAAUGUCGUACUGUUUCAUAGAUGGCGCUACUACAAAUAUGUUGCACUGUUACUUCGAUAGAUGGCGCUGAUUAAAUUUUGCACUGUUUCAUAGAUGGUGCUGACACAAUGUCGUACAGUUUCAUAGAUGGCGCUGAUUAAAUUUUGCAUUGUUUCAUAGAUGGCGUUGGUACAAUGUCGUACUGUUUCAUAGAUGGCGCUGGUACAAUCUCUUGCACUGUUUCAUAGAUGGCGCUACUACAAAUCUCUUGCACUGUUUGAUAUACAGCGCUGAUUAAAUGUUGCACUGUUUCAUAGAUGGCGUUGGUACAAUGUUGCACUGUUUUAUCGUUAGAUGGCGCUCAUUCAAUGUUUCACUUUUAUAGAGAUGGCGCUGAUACAAUGUGGCAAUGUUACGUAGAUAGCAUUGUUAGAUCGUUAGAAGGCGCAGACAUAAUGUUGUACUGCUAGACUCCGCGCCACGAAAGAAGUCACGCUAAAACCUGAACUAAAAUUGACAGCGCCUUGCACAAUUUACAAUAACACCGCCAUUACCAAAUGACAAUUACCAAUUACCAAGCUGCUUGACUUGUUUUGUUCCGCGGAGUCUACAUUUUUAAGUGACACUAAUACAAUCUCUUUCAGUGUUAUAAACGCCGCGGGACUUAUUUUGUGUCGCGGAGUGUAUUGCCAAUGACCGACGAUUUAAAAAUAUUUGGUUCAUGGAAUCAGUCGACAUCUAUCGAUAGUGUUUGGUUUAAUAUAAAAUCUGUUAAGUAAAAGAAUAAUAGUUAAAUCUUUAGUCUGGGAAUUAUUUCUUGUAGUUUAUAAUUUUAAUAUAUUUUAUUAUAAUAAAUUAAUUAAUGUUUCUUUUAUAAAAAUGUAAUUGGUACCCUUUGAAUGCAGACCGCAAAAUGUAUGUACGCAAUACAUUUAUUUAAAUGAUGAGAAAUAAUUAAGUUUAACAAUUCUACAUGCUCUCAAUUUAUGUAAUAUUUAAAUUUCUUGUUAUAUAACAUAAUAUUACAUGAUAACAUUAUAUAACAUGCUAACAUUUUAUAACAGAAUGGCAUGUUAUAUGAUGUUAUUUAACAAAUUAUGUUUUAUAGAACAAUGAAGACAGUUUAAAAAAAAUAAUAGAAUAAUAAAUAUAAUUGAGAAAGAUUGACAUACAAUUUUAUUGUUGUUACAUUUUGAUGUUUUUUUUUUAAUAUCAUUCCACAGUUGCGUAUGUUUAGCUUGUAGGUUGAAGCGCAGAUUAUGAAAAUUAUAAAAACGAUUACAAUCUGUUGUUAUUGUAGAGUGAAUAUUUUUAAUUAAGGUCACAAAAAAUGUAAUAAUUAGUUUUAGUUCAUAAAUUAAUGUGGUAUACAUAUUAAAUGACAUUCAUGUGGAUAUAUUUUCUUUAAAAUUGUUUCAUGUCUGUUGAAAGUUGCGACCGUGCCAUGCCAACACUCGGCCGGCAAUUUUACUUAAAAUUAAUAUUUACUGCAUUAAUUUAUGUUAAAAAUUGAAAUAGAGGGUUAUGUAUAAGUACAUGUUGACAGGAAUGAUUUCUUUUUAUGUAUAUUAUAAAUAAUAGGUAAAAUAAUUCUUGACUCAUUAGAUAUUUUUAUACAAAAUAAUAAAUGCUGAAAAUAUAUUUAAAAAUGCACUGAAAUAGUAAUGUUUUUAAUGACUUGUUUUGACGAAUUGUUUGUAUCGACUUACAAAAACGCCGCUUUUAUAAGUUUUCAAAAUAUACAUGGCAUAUAUUUUUUGGUAAAUAUUUAAUAAUGCACCUUAACUAUAAGCUACAUUGAAGCAGAAUGGUUCUAAGUUCUAAGCCAUUUAAAAUUGGCUAAAGACAACUUUGACAGUGGUUCUAAGUACAGACGUAGAAACAAACAAAGGAGGACGACCAUUUUUCAUACAUUGAUGGGCCCACUUUUAAUGAAUAAAUCUUUAAAAUGUUCAAAUUAGUGUCAUUUAAAUAAGAAUAUCAGUUUUUGACUAGUUUAAUUUCAGUUUGAUUGUAUAAUGAAGAUACGGGCAAGUACAGGCAUACUGUAAAAUGGAUGAUUUAAACAAAAACACAUACAUUUCAAAAAAUGUUAGCAAAUUUUGAAAUUUUCCAUUUAUUAUAAAGUAUUUAUUUCUGUAACGUGUUGGGCCCUAAAUCGUCGGUGUCCUUUAGUAUACAAAACGAUAAAAAUUAACGAAAAAAAAAUUAUAUUAUUGAAUUGGACGACAUCGCUUGUAGGAUAUAGAAAGGAAAUAAAAAAUGCACGGUGGGUAGAAAUAUCUUAAUGAGAGCACAAAUAUAUUGAAUAAAUAGAGAGUGCACCAUAUUUUAAUAAAAAUAUAUUAUUAUACACACUAGUGUUUAUAAAAAAAAAAGAUGUCAGUGUCUAUGGUUAGAAAUUAUAACUUUAAGCAAAACGAAAAAAUAUUAUCUCUGCAAGCAUGUUUAUAUCUUGAUAUACCUAAAUGUUAGCUAGCUGUUCCUAUCUCUUCAAAACAACGAUGAUCUCGAACCUGUGGCGUAGGUUACCCUGUAUCAAAAUUAGUUAUUUAUUUAUUAUUCAACAAAAACACACAUUUUAAUUAAGCCUAACCAUAGUGCAACAUAAACCACAGUUAGUUUUACUGUGCACUGGUUAUUAUUACAUAAUAAAAUAUUUAAAAACAAAAAUAAAUAACAAACAAAAGAGAAGAAAAAUCAAGAAUAAUCAUUAUCGGGUAGUUAGUUAGGGCCCAAAAUGAAAGUUAAAGAUUUCUCACAAAAGAAAGAAAAAUUCUUGCAUUAAAAUGAAAAAAAAUAUAAUCAUUGAAUAAGUUUUCACUACCUCCUAGAAAUUGAGCUACCCAAACAAUUAAAAUUAAAUAUAAGUACUUGCACUUUUUUUGCGUUUUUACAUGACGUCAAAAUGUAAGAGCGGUUCAAUAUUUUCAAAAUGUACUGGGUACGCCCCUGUCUCGAGCUUUCAAGUUUUUAAUAAAACAACUCAUAGAAAACGAUUUAGCUAUAUAAUAUUGCAAAAAAAUGUUGUUAUAAGCACCGAAAUUAAAUAACUAAGCAUUAAAUGUUUUAGUGCAAGUAAUAUUUUGUAAGUAAAUAAUUUCAGUUUCACGUAGGUAUAUAUAUUUUUUUUCUAAUUUUAACUUAAGUGACAAAAAAUAUGAACAACGAUAAAUAUAUGAAAUAUAAUAUGGUGCUUCAACACAGGUGUUAUAUAAUGUUAUUUAACACUAUAACAUGUGACACAUGUUAGAAUGUUAUAUAACACUAUAACAUGUAACACAUGUUACAAUGUUAUAUACGUUUUAUAAAAAUGAAAAUUAAUAUAACAGAGAUACGAACAUGCUAAUAUUAUGUAUAGCUUGGUAUAGUCGGAUGCAAUCUUUAUGACGUCACAGAUAUCUUUUGGACUGCCUCCUUGUAACAAGUUAGCCCGCUUCCAUCUUAGAUUGCAUCAUCACUUACCACCAGGUGAGAUUGUAAUCAAGGGCUAACUAGUAAAGAAUACUAGACUCGUGAGGCGACUGCGGGUGGCUACCGCCGCGAAUGUUACGCUACCGCUGAUACCUAAAAUUUUAUUUGGCGCAGCUUGACGCACGACGUUCUAUAACGUCAUAAAGAUGGUUUACUUUGCUCUAUGGUCAACACAUAACCACUCUCCGCGUAGAUGUGUAAGCGAUUAUUAUGUAAUUUAUUUUGUAAUUGCGACAAAAUGGCUGGUUGGUUGGUUGGUAUCUGUAAAUAUUGGAAUUUGUCAACUUAUUUGAAUAUUAUAAUAUAUAUUUUUUAUUUAAA